GAGCAGUCUUGUGCCAGUUGUUGUCGAAUGAACACUUCUUGCAAAGCAUACGAUAUCAGUUUAUUUCUUCAGUUCCAUUGAUAAACUUCUUUUCUUUUUUUUUGGGAAUUCGAAGUUGCCGCAUUUUUGGAUUUGAUUUUCGUUAAAGUUAUUUAGUAAUUUACAUAAAUUAUUUGUGACUCAGCAGACUAUUGGACUCUUUGAGUUUUGUAAACGAUAAUUUCAAGUGAAAAAGGAAUUAAAAAAUUAACAAAGCAGAAUUUAAAGUGAUAAGAGAAUAAUAGGAUUUGUCAUCAGAUAAAUUCCUUUAAAUACUCAUAUAAAAAGGUGUUGAUCGACUGCCGUAAAGAUGCCACCACAAAAUGCAGUUGAGAUGGUUCCUUCAAAAAGUGACAACACGCCGAAGAAUGGGAAUAUGAAUAAUAAUAAUAAUAACAAUAAUAAUGUCAAAGAAUCGACACAACCAGAGCCCGUUGAACCGACACAAACUAUGAUCGUCAUUCCACCUGAUGGUGGCUUUGGUUGGAUUGUCAUGCUUGCAAGUUUCUGCUGCAACAUUAUAGUCGAUGGCAUCGUUUUCAGCACUGGAUUCUUCAUUACACCAAUUCAAGAACAUAUGAACUCAAGCAAAGCAACAAUUGCUUUAGUUGGUUCACUUCUUGGUGGCUUUUAUUUGAUUGUGGGACCAUUUGUGUCUGCAUUGUCAAAUCGUUACGGAUUUCGUAAAGUGACAAUACUUGGAUCAUUGAUCGCGGCUGCAGCAUUUUUCCUCAGUUCUUUUGCUAGCACUCCAAUCGAAUUAUAUUUGUCUUAUGGCGUAAUGGGUGGCAUUGGAUUCUGUUUCAUAUAUAUGCCAUCGGUGAUAAUUGUUGGAUAUUAUUUUGAAAAAUGGCGGCCAUUGGCUACUGGUGUUGCUUUAUGUGGAUCUGGUAUUGGAACGUUCAUCAUGGCACCGAUCUCACAAUAUUUAAUAAAAACUCUUCAAUGGCAAGGAGCAUUGAGAAUUCAAGCUGUAAUGGUGCUAGCAUGUGGUGUCUUUGGAUUAGCCUAUCGCCCAAUCAAGCCAACAGUUGUCGUUGAUACAGAAGAUGAAGAAAACAAUCCAGAAGGAAAAAGUUUGGUGACUGACGGCAUUUCUACACCCGCAUUUAUAAAGCCAUUUGCCGAUGGUCGUAUAUCAUAUUCGGUGCCGAAUUCAAGUCACAACACAUGGAUGGGAACACCAAAUAACACAAAUUACCCAACAGCAGCUGAAAUUUUCAAAGGAAUUCCUGUAAAUUCCGAACGUCGAUCAUCACAAACAUCAGCUCAAUUAUCACAAGUUAAUGUUGUGCCAUCUGCUAAAAAGGAGAAACGAUCAGGUCAUGCAACACCGACUGAAGAAUUCCCACAUCCACCACCAGUUUUCUCAGCUCUUAAUACACCACAUGAAUUGAAACCCGUUGGUGAAGUUGUUGAAGAAGGAGAAGAAAACGAAACACUUUUGGAAAAGAAUGAAGUGAAAGCAAUGAUAAUUGCCCAAGCUGCUGGUCGUCGUCAUACAGUUUCAGGCAGAAGACCUGGCAGUGAAAUUCAAGCAAACUCUCGUCAAAGUGACAGUCAAGCAAACUCACGUCGUGGAAGUCGUGCUGAUGUUAGUCGUCCAUUGUAUCGUGAUGACAUUUUCUUCUCUGGCUCAUUGGCAAAACUCCCACAAUAUCGCUCGCAAACUUCACUCGGCUAUCACAUGAGUGUCACUCACGUCCCAACUGUUAAAGAUAUUGAAGAAGAAGAAAAUCAAGCUUCAAAAUGCAAGAUUUGCCCUGAAGCUGUUCGAAGAACUUUAGGCACAAUGUUGGAUGUUUCGCUUUUCAAAGAAUUUUCUUUUGUUCUUUUGGCAUGCAGUGGCUUUUUGACAAUGAUGGGAUUCUUUGUGCCAUUUAUUUAUAUUGCUGAACGUGCAAGAAUGGCUUCAAUUGAUGAGGAUACUGCUGUGUUCUUAGUGUCAGCUAUUGGUAUAUCAAAUACAGUUGCUAGGAUCUUGUGUGGAUGGUUAAGUUCAUUUGAUGGAAUAAGUGCACUUGCAUUGAACAAUAUUUUUAUCACUGCUGGUGGUAUUGCAACAAUGAUAAGCGGAUGGUUUAUGCAAGUUCAUUCUCAAUAUAUUUACACACUUAUUUUUGGUGUCACUUGUGCAGUCUUCUCAGCAUUGCGUUCGAUUAUCGUGGUUGACCUACUUGGCUUGGAAAAAUUGACAAACGCUUUUGGAAUUUUGUUAUUAUUUCAAGGCAUUGCUGCUGUAAUUGGAAGUCCAUUAGCUGGUUUUCUUUUUGAUUUAACUAAUUCAUAUGAUCUUCCAUUCUACGUUGCUGGUGGUUUGAUGACGAUCUCCGCUUUGUUAACUUAUCCACUGAAUUAUGUUAAGAGAUGGCAGCAUAGCAAAGGAAAAAAUUAUUUAGCAUAUCUAGGAUUAGGACGACAGUUUUUCUUAGACAAAUCAUUUUUGAAAUUAUUGAGAAUGGUAGCAAAAGAGUUCCAAGCAGUAGUGUUAGCAGCUGGUCAUGGUACUCGUUUUACUGAUCUUUUAGGGAAUCGUCCUAAAUGCUUGUUACCUGUCGGGCCAUUUCCUUUAAUUUUUUAUCCACUACAAUUGCUUCAAAAAUAUGGAUUUGAAGCUCCAGAUUCAUCAAUUGUUGUUCCUGGACCAAAAGCAAAACAUAAGCAAGAAAGAGAUUUAGUUGGAAUCAACUCAGAAAAUGAUCGUCUUCUGUUCCUUGCAUCCACGAGUGAUUUUGAAGACGUCAUGACGUUGCCUGCUCAUCUCCUUCGUUCACAUGGAAAAAUUUCAAUUCAUAGUGGAUUAGUUGAUGCUCACAUUUAUCUCGUUAAACGAUGGGUUGUCGAUUAUCUUGCUGAAAGUGAUCGGUUUUCAACAAUCAAAGGAGAACUUCUUCCCUUCAUCAUCAAGAAACAAAUGUCAAGACCGGCUCAUACCAGCAAAAUUGAAGGUCAUCACACUUCAGAAGUUGGCUACGAUUCUAAUGACAUUUUCUAUCAUAUAAAACAAGAUGAAAUUGAUAGAAAAGUUCUUGAAACAAAUCUAAAUAACUUUGGAAGACUCAAAACAUCGCACGAUUCUGAACUUAUUCGAUGUUUUGCAUACAUUGCUCCAGCAUCAUCAAUUGGGAUCAGAGUUAAUACGAUUCUAGGGUUUUGUACUGCUAAUCGGAAGAUUUUUGAUAUUUGGGAAUCUUUAUGUGGCAACAUUCCGCUGGUGUCAUCAAAUGCCAUCAUCAAGUCAACUCAAAUGACGAACUGUGCAGUUGCGGAAAACACAACUUUAUCUGAGAAGACUUCAAUUAAAUCAACCGUGUUUGGAGUGAAUUGUUUAGUAAAUGAGAAGACAAGAAUCAGUGACAGUUACAUCAUGAAUAAUGUUACAAUCGAAGAAAGAGUUGUAAUCGAAAAUUGCAUCAUUUGUGACAAAGCUGUUAUUAAAAAAGGAUCGAUUUUGAAGAACUGUCUUGUUGGCUUCAAUUUUACUGUUAAUGAGGAUACAGUUAAGGAUAAAGUGCAUUUAACUGAUUCUGAUGCAUUUGAAAGUGCUGAUGAGGAAAUCGAAGAUAAGAAACAAAAGAAUGUUGCUGUGACUAAGCCUGAAAAAGAAAUAAAGAUAGAAGAUACCAAGGCCAUAACUCCACCUGAAAAAACAACACCAAUCAAUCCUCCUGCUAAUACAUCAAAUAUUGCUGAGGAAAAACCAUCGUCUGUUGAAAAUGAAGCAUCAAAACCAGAAAGUUUAGUUUCAAGUUGGCGAACUUGGGGUGCAUUUAAUGUAAUCAGCAAUGCGAGUAAAACAGUCGCCUCAAUCACAACUCAAGUGUCACAAUCAAUUUCUACUGCCAUUGACUCGAUCAAUAUCCCCGAACCUGAAGAAAUGGCAAAGUUGCAUGCAGAACAGAUGAAAGCAGCAAAAGAAGAAAGUUCUGUAAAUGAUGAGAAAUCUACCGAAAACAAUGAAGAAUCAGGAUUUAAACUCGACAGUCUACUAUCAGGCGUAAGUCAAAUAAGCUCGAAAGUUGUCGCCGGAGGAUUGGAUACAUUGGAAGGUAUUGGGAAGAAAACAAUUAACAUCCUUCAAGAUACUGAUCCAAAUAUAAAGAAUAAAAUUCGAAACAUUAACGUCAACAAUAAACCUAAUCUCAGCGAUCUCUUGCGAGAAGCAAAAGAACGAGAAGAACCAACAACGAAUAAUGAGAAACAGAAAAUUAUUUCGUUUGAACAUUUGCUGGAUGAUUACAAAGGUUUGGUUUACCUUGAAGCUCUUGAAAUUCUUUCAAAUCAGUCAAAAAUAAAAAUCGAGCUUCUAAUGAAACCUUUAACUGACGAUAUGUUGACAGAUAUGGAAGAAACUUUAUCUGAAAUUAAAGAGCUUUGUGAAUUUGAUUCAGAAAACCAUGAUGAGGACUUAAAUGGAGAAAAUUUAAGUUCAAAACUUGAAGCAGCCACAGCUGACUUAAAUGUGAAAUUAAAUUUCCACGAAAUUGUUGAUCAUUCAAAGGAAAUUGAACAUUGGUUUGAAGACAGCACCAACGACAUGUCAACGAUUACGAUUUAUGAAAAAUCAAUUAAUGUGAUGGCUAAAACUUGUGCACUUUCAUUGAAUAAUUUCCAAAAGUUAGCUGAACUUCUUUUGUCACAAGACUAUCGAUCAACGGCUGAUGAAACUGAUGCGCUUACACAAUUGGCCACAAUUUACUGCUCGUUAUUCAACUAUUUCGCCACGAAAUUCUCGCAAAAGCUGACAACUCAAAGUAACAACGACAAUGAAACAAAGAAAAUGUCAACAAACUUAUUUCUGGAGAGUUCAAACGCAACUUCAUACGUUAAGAAAGCUUUUAAUUUAUUCAUUCCCAUUCUUCAAAUUGGCGCGGUUUAACUGAAAUGAAUGCCAGCACUGUUGAAGCCAUGAAGAACUCUCAUAAAGUCGUCAAUAUCCAUUGUACGUGCACGAAACUUAUCAGCAUCAAGACUUUCUAAAAUUCCUUCAACUUUUGAUUUAAUGUCGAAAUCCGUGGGCACAUCCUUCAAAUACAUGUAUUUAAUGUUUUAACGUACAUUCAAUAAAUUAAUGAAAUAAAAUGUUUCUCACCAAAUUAUUUAAAGAACAAUGAA